AAACGGCUGGUUCAAAGCACAAAUUCUUAUUUUAUGGAUGUAAAAUGUCCAGGUGGCUACAAGAUUACCACGGUUUUCAGCUGUGCUCAGACAGUGGUGCUUCACGUAGGUUGUUCAACAGUGUUGUGCCAGCCAACAGGAGGAAAGGCCAGACCCACAGAAGGGUGUUCAUUUAGAAGAAGGCAACAUUAAUGAUCCACACAACUUCCUGAAUUUGUGUUCUAUCGUAGAAAGCCUUAUCAGUUCAGUAAUUCCAGUUAAUCUACCAAGAUAAUGUAAUUAUGUUUAAUUUUGUAAGGUAUACAACAGCGUUCUCCUAUUU